GGGCAAGAAUAGAUUCUCGUAUAACCUCACGCGCAGGUGUGUGAAACGGUGUUCAAUGUCCAUUUCAUCAAUGAAUACUUGAUACAGUGACAUUUUAUGAAAAUUAUCGCUAAUGUGGUUGCACGAACGCGCACAAACUACACAAUUUAUGGUUUUUGCAAGGUGAUAGAAAGCAGUGCUUAGUGGGAUCGUGUCACAUCACAUCAAAUGACGUGGAUAUAGGUUAGGUUUCGCACACUGUUAGAACAGUUAGCUAAAUCUUUCUCAAACACUAUUAUCAAAGUUAUUUAAAAAAGCGUUAGACUGAAAGGAAAUAACAAAAAUGUUCGAGAUCACAGACACACAGAAAAUUGGAGUUGGACUCGCCGGUUUUGGAAUAUCCUUUCUUUUUCUUGGAGUGCUGUUGCUCUUUGAUAAGGGUUUGCUUGCAAUCGGAAACAUCCUAUUUAUAUCUGGAUUAGCAUGUGUCAUUGGCCCAAAGAGAACCCUGAAUUUCUUUUUCCAAAGGCAUAAGAUCAAAGCAAGCAUUUCAUUCUUAGGAGGCGUUAUUGUAGUUCUUCUAGGUUUUCCUAUUGUGGGAAUGAUAAUAGAAACAUACGGUUUUAUAUUAUUAUUCAGUGGUUUCCUACCAGUAGCAAUAAACUUUUUACGAAGAGUACCUGUAUUAGGUACGAUUUUAAGUAUGCCUGGCCUCAGUCGACUCUUAGACAUGAUUGCAGGAGACUCGAACAGGACAACCGUAUGAUGUGUUUCUUAAUGUUACCGCUCAAAGAAUGUAUAUAAGAUUGUCUACUGUAUAUUGUGUCCCAAGAUUUCCUAUCAUUCCUUAUCAGUGUUUGUGGAUCUCUUUUCUACUGUGUAAAUAUCACAAAUAGAUAACGCAACUCACUUAUAUACCAAUCAUUCAACUUAAUGUUAAACUCAUAUAGAAAUAAUAUAUACAUUUUUCAUUUUCAUAUAAGACAAGCGUAUUAUAAAAAUUGUAUGUGCGUAAAAGCAUUCCAAAAACUUCAUACAUAAGUUGAAUGAAAAUCAAAAAUGAAAUAUGUAUCGAAGGAGAAACAUUUUCCUUAUAAUCAUUAAUUUGCUGUAUCAGUGAAUUAAUGAUACCACAAGUUUUGUGCUCUUUAUUUGGUGUGUUUGUAUUAAGAACUCAAUGAAUGAAACAUAUGUCUAAUAUAUGCUGAAUGUAAUUAUUCCUUUAAAGAAUAUACAAUUUUACUACAUAAGAAUAUGUGAGAUACACUUGCUACUUUCGACUGCUUUGAAUCAUAAAUCUCAGAAUUUGCUAUUUACUAAAUCUACUUACUUAUCAAAAGCGAAGUGUACUAUAACGAUAUGAGGAAGAAAAUAAAGCAUCUUUUGAAAUUUUA